AUGGCCAGUGAUGAUACAAAACAAAUAAAAUACAGACGAAAACAAUUUGGGAAAAAACCAGACAUAAAAGAAGAUGCUAGUAGUAAAAAUACACCAACCAGUCCUUAUAAAUAUGGUCCAAUGCCUAAAUUCAGUGGCCAACGAAUCAUCAGCCGCUUGGUCAUGAUAGCCGGAGUCCUAGUUUACGUCUGGUACUUCACUAAAAGCACUCAAGAAAAAGUAUUCGCAAAACAUGAUACCAUUUACCAUGGCAGGGGCCAACACGUUGAAUGCGACCCAGACUAUUUGAAGGAAAUUCAACAUUACACAGGCUGUGUCCCAAAGAAAUGUGGCAGAUUUGUUACUGAUAGAAUUGUUACUGAUCAUGAGGCUGAUGUAUUGUUAUGGCUAGCAAAACGAGGAAUGUCUUAUGCUGGUUCUAAUGGAGGAGCUUCAAUUAUGGAUUUACAUUCUGGAGCUUUGUCUUACAAAGACAGUUUUAUUAAUUUUUACAAGAGUAUUGAAACCACUUUUGUUACACCUACUGAUUUGAAAAUUUACCACAUUGUUAGGCAAAACAUCCAAGCAGCUAUUGCAGACUUUUUCGGCAUAAACAUUAACAAACUCCAUUUAACACAUCCUACAUUUUUCUCGAGAUUAACCAGUAAAGAAGCUACAAAUAUUCAUGACGAAUAUUGGCAUGUACACGUAGAUAAACACACAUAUGAAUCAUUCCAUUACACCUCACUGCUUUACCUGAACGAUUACGGUACAGAUUUUCAAGGGGGACGUUUCAUAUUUCAAGAUAAUUUGCAAUCACCAAAAACAAAUAGCAGUGUUGAGCCGAGGAAAGGGAGAGUGUCUAUGUUCACUUCUGGAGCUGAAAAUCCUCACUUUGUAGAGAGGGUGACAGAAGGCGAGAGAUUUGCCAUUACCAUAUCAUUUACCUGUGAUGAGACAAAGAAAAUUAGUGAUCCUAGUUUAGAUGAUAAAAAAUAA